CAGUGCUCCAAUCCAGCAAACAAACCACCUUGUGAGCCAACAGCCCGGCGAGCCGACCAACGUCUCCUUCACCGUCGUCAGCUUCCAAGUCAGGGCUCCCCAUCCAUCCUGCUCCAAGUGAGACUGCCGCUGAGUCUCGCCAUACUGUGAGCCACCAUGAAGCGGCCGCUCGUGGUGGCGCUGUGCGUGAAGUGUCGCGGGUACGGAGUGGACAACUUGACCCUCGACCCCUCUUGCACCUUCGAGUACGCUGGAAAGAACUUGUGCAUCAAGCACCGCUGCCCGCGACUGCAGGUGUGUGGAUUCCGGUGCACAAAGCACAAUCGAUCGUUCGACUUGGACCCGAAGAAGCCGCGUGCUUUGAGGAUUUGUAGCGUCUGCAGUGUCAACGCCCACGACUUGGCACUCGCAAACGUGGAUAUGCACACGUACCAUGUGCAGGAAGACGUCGAAGCGUUCAUGACUGCACUUUGGAGCUCUGCACCUGAGCCUGCGAAACCAACGCCCUCCCCACUAAUUUCUGCAAGUGCACCCAACCUCCGUCGGAUUCCGCAACACCCCACCCGCCGCAUCCCCCAGCAUCCCGGAGUGCGAAUGGUCUAUCGUCGACUCAAACGUCGGAAGAAACCAACGACUCGUUUGAAGCAUCCUUUCCAUCCAGUGGUGGAUUUGACCAUCAGCGACGACGAUGACUAAUGACGCCGCAGACCCUCCUUCCGGUUCUUCCUUAGGCGCGGAACCGACACGUCGUAGAGCGGAAAAGGUUUAAUUUAUAACAGAACGACUGUGCCUUUGGCCUCACUACC